AUGCCCACUCACAUCACAGAUCACACGCCAGUCUCCAAAGGUGAUGAACCUGACGGUUUCGUGAAGGUUUACGUGGAUGAUACCUUCAAGUACUCCACGCAUACCAUCAACAAUAAUAGGAGCCCUCAGUGGAGCGAUCCGCAGACCUUCGACAUCGUGGCCGACCUUACCAUGAUUCGUGUCCACGUCUUUGAUUCGGAUGGCGACCAGGAAUCCGAGUUGGAGGAUCCCAUCGGCUUCGUUGAGUUCUGCAUUGCAGACAUACCUUUUGACGAGGCGGCGGAGCUUCAAGCAGUUGAUGAAAUUGACGGAUGGUUUGAGCUGCGGUUUCCGAACAAUCUUCAGGGUGUCAACACAGAUCGCUAUGCAGAGCAUAUGUAUAUGCGUGAGGAGGAGAAGAAUCAAGCUCGGCCAACGACUGCCCCGCAGAAGGGAGCUGAAAAGGAGGAUCCGAAUGUGGAUGAGCUGGGUGAUGACAUCUACUACCAGAGCAAGGCCAAGGUUCAGAGCGGGGUCAUGGGACGUGCGCUGAAGCGGCUGAACUUCAUGUCUGGUACCGGGAACAACGCCAACCCCAACAGCGAUGAGCAGUACAACGCCGGUGAGAUUCACUUGAAACUGCGGCUCCGACGGGUGGUCAGCGACAACACGGCGCUGUUCGCAAAAGCAUUGGUGCCAUCCUAUAUGACCUAUGCUGCAUUCAUCCAGGAGGAGUUCUUGCCCAAGCUGGAUUUGCAGGAGUUACUGGAUGACUCGAUGGACAUCAAAAUCAAGAUCAUUGAUGACAUGCUUUUUGCUGUCUAUGCCUUCCUCAGCUACGUUUUGGCGUGGCGGUCGUGGCUCCUCUCCGGACUGCUUUUUAUCUCCGUUGUGUCUGGGGCCAAAUCGUCGAUGUUGGCCUACGGCUUUUUCCACAUGUGGCUGGCGCUAGUGAUGGUCCUGCUGAAAUCUGAGACUUGGCGAAAUGACAUGACAACAAAUGGCAUGAACGCCCCUCUCAACCAGGACGGCCUGGAGCAAGUCGCACGGUUCAAUUCCACCGACGAGAUGCAUGUCUACUUGAUCCGAAUGGUCCAGGCCAGUUGCGGGACCAUCUCUGGGUGGCAGGAGUUGGUCCACUUUGCCGGUACCGUGGUGCAAGGAGACGGGGAAGUUGGCGUCACCUACGACGACUUGCUGAGGGCGUUGAAGGAUCUUUGGUUCCUGGACUUUCCCUCAGGAAAUCCUGUCGAGAAGGGUGCUUUGGUUCGUGUGAAUGACCGCCGCCGUGGAACAGUCACCAAGAUUGAAGGAGACCUGGUGGAUGUGGACUACGACGAGCCUGGCUUUUUGGACCCUUCUCUGCCUCCUGGUGGCGACGGGUGCUACUCCUUUUUCCAUCCGAGCUUUCUCGGACGUUACUACCUAUAA